AUGCCGCCAUCUGAUGGAUUAUGUAAUCGCCUAGUAUUAGUAGUGGUACUCGUACAGUUAGCUACAGUACCAGUUAAUGCUCAAUUCGGAGAAAUUGCUUCAAUCGUAACGGGAUUAUUGGGCAGUGGAGCGGGAUUGGGAUCACUUGGAGGAUUGGCCGGUGCUGGGGCUGCUGCGGGAUCAGCGGGCGCGGCUGGGGCCGCAGGGGCUGCUAAUGCUCUUGGAAGUGUUGGCCAAUGUAAGGUUUACAUGUUGUUCGUUUCUUGAAUUGAUGACAUCGUUUAUGUUUUUAGUGUAUCAACUAGCUCAAGCAGCUCUUCAAUUGACUGGAACAGGAGUGGGUAUUGUAAACCAAGCCUCGGAAAGUGCGUGGUUUCCUGCCGCAGUGGAGAAUGCGGCUAGAAUGAAUAGGGAAUUACAAGAUCGAAUCUUGGCUCAACAAAAGAAUGGUGGAGGCGCCGGAGGACUUGGUGGGGGAGGCGGCCUUGGCGCCGGAGGGCUGCCCGAUCUUUUGGGGAUCAUGCCAAAAACUGCGGGAGUAGGCACAGCUAAGGGUAAGUCCCGAAUCCCGCUAUUUUUUCCUCGAAUUCUGUGUUUUACCUUUGAUUUCGUCAGACGGAACAUUAAUUUUCCGUUCGAUUUGAUCUUUGACAGCAAUUUACUUGUUCCUGCGCAUCUCCGAUUCCCCCAUUAAUCUGAACUUCUGACUCCUGAAGAUCAAAUUAUAUGUCGUAAAAAGAACACAUAAAUUUUCACUUUUUGCGGAUCCAUUAAGAAACGGAAUACAAACUCCUCAGUCGAGGAUACACGGAACGCCGAAACGGUUAUUUGAUCCGCUCCUUUUAAGAGAUCGACGAGCUUGGAGGCGAAUUUGGAAAGGAGUUUGGCAGCCACGAAACACCAGACGAAACAGAAAACAAAGAAAAAGAAACGGAGACUAAAACAAAGUCCGAAGAAAAGAAGACGGAAGGAUCUGAGAAAGAAUCGUCGGGUGGACAGGUACCUUUACCGGGACUGGUCUCUUUAUUACCUGGAGAAAGUCUGGGAUCAACCCACGAAGAGGAGGAGACACCAGUGGCAGAGGUUGAAACGACAGAAGCACCAGCAAUAUCACCGGCCGAAGAGAAGACACAACCAGCACAACCGUCUCCAAGGAUUACGGUAGAAUUUCCAGAGGAUCAUGAUGAAUUUGGAGAGGUCAAGAAACCGGCUAAACCUAAUGUUGAGUUCAGUGUUGAUUCUGGCGAAGAGAACUUUCCUUUGGUAUGAGAAUAACAUGUAAAUUAUUGUGAUUAUUAAUUGUAGAUACCUCCGAGAGCUGCAUCUCCCAACAGCCAUGACUCUGUGGAGCUCCCGAUCGACGAAAAGGAUGUGCAAACCAUGGUACCGGAACUCAAAAAGUUGAUCCACGCAUUACGCAAGAGCAAUUUGACUCGUCUCGAAUUGAUGGAAUUGACGAAGCAGGUUUGUUGCGCUCUUCUGACUAAUUGACGCGAUUUAAAGCUCGAAGGAAAUCACGAAAUUGGCACCCCCAGAGAAAACACGACUCCCACCCCCACCGAUCUCAAAACCCCGUUGGAUCGGCAACCAGAAAAUGAACUGGAACAACAAGAACAAGAUGCCAGAAAGAAGGCUGUGAACAGAAAUCUUUCGGCCUUACGGAAAGCAUUAGAUGCAAAACCAGAGCUUAGAGAUGAGCUGGCACAUCUGAUGAGGACAUCUCCUGUUAUUAUUAAACUCCCGAGACCCAUGUUGAAUGGAGAAGUCGUCAGGAAGAAGGUGGGAUUGAUGCAGGAGUUGUGAUUCAUAUUGUUUUAGCCUCAAGAAGACUCAGCAAGAGCCUUUGCUGCUCGUCAGGUGUCCAUGUUGCCAAGAAGAUUUAUCACAACGACACAAUCACCAGUUGGAGAGCCCGUUAAGCACAGAAAUGUGGCCAAGGCAGCGCCCAAUCGGAAAAAUGUUUCGCCUUAUCCCAUCCCAACCACAACUGCACCGGUUACUGUAACUUUCCCUCCUACAACCACCACUCAAUCAUAUGCUCAAUAUCAGCAAGCAUAUCAAAGAUAUUACCAGCAAUACUAUGGACAGCAACAGCCUCAUUAUUUCAGUCAUCUAGCUGCGCCACAACUGACUCCACAACAGCCUCAGAAUCUGUUUGGACAACCCCAACAACCUUAUUAUUCGCAUUAUUAUCAACAUCAGCAGGCUUUGCAACCACAACCUUUCCAAUAUAAUACCCAACAAACGUAUCAACAGCCUCAGCAACAAUUUUUCCAACAACCCCAGCAACCCCAACAGCAGUUGCCAUAUAAUAGCCAGAGGGCGUUCCCGGCCAGGACGGUCGCACCGCCAGUGGUCACUCCUGCUCCUUUAUUGGUAUGUUUUUUAAUGACAAACUUUUUCAUGGGGUUUAAAUUAAUGUGAUUUUUGAAAAUUCCCGGUUUUGAAAUAAUUUUUUAUCGUCAGUUGUAUACAGCUUUUAUAUACAGCAUAAGAUAUGUAAAAAUAUUGUAAUUGUAGCUCCAACAUCCCUGGAGUCAAGGCUCUCUGUUGACCGUCCCCCAACCUCACGACAACGGCAAAUAA